AUGGCAGAAGAUGACUUUGAAAAUAAUGCUAUAGAAGAAGCAGACUAUAAAGAUGAUGCCAUAUUAGGACUAAUUGUACUAGAAUUAAAAAGCCAUAUCCUAGUUGCUUUAAAGGCAUUACAAAUUGCUGAAG